AUGUCUGGCCACAAAGAUGGCAAGAAGCAGCCCAAGAAGCAGGCCAAGCAGAUGGACAAGGAAGAUAAGGCAUUCAAGCAGAAACAGAAAGACAAGCAGAGGACACUCGAGGAGCUAAAAGCGAAGGCCAAGAGGACGGGUCCCCUGGCCACGUGUGGAAUUAAGACAUCUGGAAAAGAAAAAUGUAAGUACAAUGGUUGUAUGAAGCAUGGCAAGUAUUCAGUUCCUUGCAAGAUCCGGGGAGACUCCUUUAAGAAGGAGAACCCAAGUUAA